CUUGGAUACCCUUUAGGUGUAACUUUAGGGGGAUUCGCCCCUUUUCCCUAGAAUAUAUGUGGGGAUAAUGUAUAAACUAAGUUGAUGAACAUCUUAGACACAUCAAUUGUAAAUCCCUAUUAUCCCCAUUCGAUGGGGAACAUUCUUUACCAUGAAUAGACACUUCCCAUUACCGGAUUACAUUUUGAGCAUUUUUUUUUUGUGAGUUUACGUUGACUAACUGUGAAGCUGCCCAGUUCUGGGUGGGGUUUCGCUUGCUCAUAUAUGAUUUGCUGCCCAAUAUAGGAAGGAGAUUGGUCAGCUCCUUUUGGCGGAGCCGGCCAAUUGCGCGCAGGAAUCAUUGACUAAGUCAAUCCACCAUAGAACUCGACCUCCACCACUUCUUCUAGUAUGUCUUAUCUACCUACCAUCUUCUUAUUUUUCUCGUGUUUUCAGAUAUACUCUGGCUGCUUUAAGCUGUUCAAUUUCACAAAAUGAACGUAAAGAACAUACGCAUCUGCGUAUUCGUAUCAUUAAAGCUUUCUAUAUUUAGCUUUGUCCUUCUGCUAGAAAAGUCUUUUGCUGUAGAUUUGCAGUUUGUAGCAUGCGAGCCAAAAAGAUGCCCACAUGGUCAAAGCAUAAGCUACCCCUUUUACCUUCAAGGCCAGCAGGAGCCCUAUUGUGGUGUCCCUGACUUCAAUAUCAGUUGUAAUGGCCAGGGGUAUCCAAUUCUCCUCUUAUCUGAAAAUGAGUAUGUUGUUCAAAACAUUUCGUACGAAAACAAUACCUUUCGUGUUUAUAAUGCUGCUGCUAAUCAAGGGUUCGGGGCAAGCUGUCAUCCCGAUAUUAGGAAUUGGACUACAACUGGAAAUGAAAUUUUUGCAGAGUUGAGCCUGAGUAAUCCUUCACGAGCAAUCAAUUUAUUCUCGAAUUGCAGUAGACCAUUGUUAGAGCCUCUUAAGAGGUACGAGCCGGUUGGCUGUGAUGAAGGAGGGAAAGGAAACACAUCGAGCUUGGUAAUGUUUCAUGAUAACAAGAACUUGAGCUCUGCUUUGGAGCACUGCACAGAGAAUGUGGUGGCACCAGUAGAGAGAUGGGAAGAUGAGAGAAGCAAUGAUGUGGUCAAAUAUGAUAAGUUAUUGAGAAGGGGAUUUGAGUUGCAGUGGAGAGUAAGCAGUUGCAGUGAAUGUAAAGGAAGUGGAGGGCGGUGUGGGUUUAAUUCUACCACUCAGAUGUUUAAGUGUUUCUGUCCCGAUAGACCUCAUUCCAGUACUUGCAAACCUCAAAUGGGAAAAAGUAAAACGAAGGUUAUUAUAAUUGCAGUUUUAGGAGCUGUUAUAUUGAUCCUCACUUUGAGUUUGGUGGUGUUCGUUCUUCGGAGUCAGAAGAAGGGUUGUUGUUGGGGUUCUUCCCAAUACUUUCCAGAUAACACUACCUCUGAUGAUCUCUCCUCGAAACAAGACCUUGAGCAUGAUAGUAAAUACUUUGGGAUUCAUGUCUUUUCUUACUCUGAGCUUGAAGAAGCUACAAACAGUUUUGAUUCUUCCAAAGAACUUGGAGAUGGAGGGUUUGGGACUGUUUAUUAUGGCAAACUUCGGGAUGGAAGGGAAGUCGCAGUGAAGCGUUUAUAUGAGCACAACAACAAGAGAAUGGAGCAGUUCAGAAAUGAGAUUGAGAUUCUGACCUGCCUUAGACACCCUAAUCUUGUAACCCUUUAUGGCUGCACAUCAAGACUCAGCCAUGAACUCCUCCUCGUUUAUGAAUACAUCCCUAAUGGAACAGUUGCUGAUCACCUCCACGGAGAAAGAGUAAAAGAUGGAUCACUCACCUGGCCCAUCCGCAUGAGUAUUGCGGUGGAAGCAGCUGGUGCACUGGCUUACCUCCACGCUUCUGGCAUAAUACACCGAGAUGUGAAGACUUCAAACAUUCUUCUCGAUGAAAACUUUUGUGUCAAAGUUGCUGAUUUUGGGCUUUCAAGACAUUGUCCCAACAAUGUUUCACAUGUCUCCACUGCACCUCAAGGAACACCUGGGUAUGUCGACCCCGAGUACCAUGAGUUUUACCAACUCACUGAUAAAAGUGAUGUUUACAGUUUCGGAGUUGUCCUUAUUGAGCUCAUAUCAUCGAUGCCUGCUGUGGAUAUAAGUCGGCAUAGGCAUGAGAUCAACUUGUCAAACUUAGCCAUGAACAGGAUAAUCCGGCAUGCGUUUAAUGAGUUGAUUGAUCCAUUUCUAAGGUUUGAGACAGAUGCUGAAAUUUUGAGGAUGACUACUUCUGUGGCCGAGCUUGCUUUUCGAUGUUUGCAACCUGAGAAGGAUAUGCGGCCUACCAUGGAUGAUAUUCUGGAAACAUUGAAGGAAAUCCAAGGUAUUGAGUUGAAAAAUAAGUUGGAACUAGAGACCAGUAAUAAUAAUAAUAAUAAUAAUAAUAAUAAUAAUAAUAAUAAUAAUAAUAAUAAUAAUAAUAAUACAUCAAGAAUUACAAAAGUCCCUUCUUCACAUGAACCGGAAGAUGUAGUCUUGCUGCAGAGGUUAAAAUUGCCAGUUUCCCCUAUUUCCGUGACUGCUAAUUGGAAUAGUAGCUCUACUAUAAAUAGUAACAGUGAGUGUUCUUUUUCGGAAAAUUGCCCUAAAUAGGACUAAAAACGUUUCUAUAUUCCAAAAUAGGAUUAUCAUGUUUUUAUUCUCUAAAUAAGAGUAAUUACCGCCAUGUUUUGGCAUUACCAGAUUUUAAACAUGGCAGUAUUUUUCAAGCUUGGCAGUAAUUACUCCUAUUUAGGGAAUAAAACAUGGCAAUCGUAUUUUGAAAUUCUCAAACAUCUGUACUCCUAUUUCUGAAAUUUUCCAUUCCUUUUCACCUGGCUUGUAUGAUCAAGCUGAUGGCACUUAUAUGCCGAUAAAUCACUCGCUCACUCACUUCAUACUUUAAAAAGUGGUCAGGUUGUUUUGUGCUUCAUUUGUAGUAUGUAUUGUUGCUUUAUACAGGUUAUGUAGAAUUGGAUUCAAGAACAAUUGUAUAGUGUUACAAAAUACAAAUGUAUAUGUAUAGGGAGGGCUAGUAAGAGGUCCUACCCUAAUAAAUCCCACAAGGUAAGUCAAUCAUACAAGACUGGACUAAAUACAAACAAUACAAUACAGGUUUAAGUGUUGUUUAUUGGUUGUAGAGUUAGAAGACAUGAAAUGUAGAGACAGGAGCAGCCCGUUUUAUCACUCCUAUUCUAAAUUCAGUAUGCAUGACUGCAGAAACAACAA